AUGCCGCCAUCGUUGAGGGGAUCGCAGCUCAGCGGGAACAGUUACACAUUGGAGUCUGAGUUUGACGAAUCGGCCAUCAACACAUCGGGGUCAUUCAGCCGGCAUUCGUACGAGUCGAAACCAAGCAGAGGCUCCUCACGGCGCACCAAUGUUGCCAGCAGGGAAUUUGACCAUGCCGAGGAUGAAGCAAUGUCUGAAAGACAGGAAAGUAGUCGAUCGAGCUCUGGGUCGCUGAAAAACAAACAAAUGGAAAAUGAGACAAAAAUGUCUAUGGCAGCGCAAUCCGAUAAAAGUAGCAUGCACCUUGCCUCUUUUUUCACCAAGCAAACAAGUCGAAGCAGCGGCGGGGGUACGGGACGCUCCAAACGUUCGGACAGCUCACAGAGGUCGUCAGCUCGGUCUAGCGGUGACGGCGAGAUCGAUCAUGGAUCUCAGAGCCGAAACUCGGUUUCGUCGAAAGCGAAGGAACGCAGCUCUUCCAGGAGUAGCCACUCCUCCGAAGGCGUAGAGAUAGGACCGUAUUCAAACACGCAAGUCAAUUCCCCAGUUGCAGACGACAGGAUACGACAAGCGUGCAGCAAGUACGGGCUGGAUAGCGACAGCCUGCAGGAAAUACUGGAGGGUAGGCACCGUUCUCAGAAAAGCGAUGUGUCGCUAUCGAAGCAUGAUCAACGUUCGGAAAAUGGCGAUACAUCUCCUGACAGUUUUAGGGAUGAAAUGCUGGUAUAUCUGCUGCAACAGCAGCUGAAGCUUAAGGCCGAAUUGAAGGCACAAAAGUCACGGGGGCAGGGGUCACAUGCGUCUGAUGAGACUCCAGUACGAAGCUCGCGGUCGUACCAAAGUGAAGGCAGUGCAAGAAGUAACAAAAGUUAUAAGGCACUGGAGGAGGUAACUCCAAACGAAUUGAGGCAGAUACAGGAAAGGUGGAGCGGUGACAACGUACGUGACCAGGAAGAGAGUUAUGCAACGGGUACACCCACAAAACAACGCACGCGAUCUCAUGCACCAGCUACUAGAAAUGGUGACGAUUUCACUCCCGAGGAUACUUACUCGUCGCGUGGUAGCCAAAAGAGCAGAAGGCAACAGGAAGCUUCGCACGCAGGGAAUAUAGAAAUUGUUGCCGAUGAAGACCCAGUGUACGAGCGCAACAGUCGGAGGAUGAAUACCGAUGAAUUGGUAAUACAGAACGAAGCCAGUUCGCUGCAUAACGAAAUAGAGCAAAUCAUCGACAGUCUCGAGAGCUCAACUAUGGAUCAGAUGAGUGACGGUACUGUCCCAGUAAAUCUGAAUGAAGGCAUGAGAGAACCGCCGUUCGUGCCCCAAUACUCCGAACAAUUCGUGGGCCCUAACAGUGGGAAUUUCAACCUGUACAACGGCAAUCAGCCAUAUAUGAAUAAUGGGAGCAAUUCAUAUAAGAACAAUGGGAGCGACCGGUAUAUGAACAACGGCGAUCAUCCAUACAUGAGCAACGGGCACAAUUCGUAUAUGAACAAUGGGAACAAUUCAUACAUGCACAACAGGGAUGACCCGUAUGUGUACUCCGAUGAUGAAUACUAUGGAGAAGAAUUGGCUCUACCCAUCAAGGUGCCUACCAAACCCCCAAAGCCGGAUGUCAUGGAUGCGAUGGUCAUGACAGACCAAACUGCACGCGAAAAUGAACUUAAUGCGUACGAAAGGGUCAGCAGAGAACUGGAUCAGGAGGCUUUUGACAACCAAGGUGCUUACCAAACGGAUAAUACGCGCAUCACGAAGGAUGGGAUAUCAUGGGAGAUCACGGAAUCGUACCUCAAGGAGGAAGAACGGCGCAUGCUACUGGAACAAAAACGUGCCCAACUGCUCCAGCAGCUUAAGGAAGUGCCAUAUGCGAAAACCCAGACGCUGCAAGACCACUACGCCAAGUGGGUGGCAAAAAAGGCAUCCAUGUCUAAGCCUGGUGAAAACAGGCCUGAGGAACAGGUUGGCGGCGACAAAUCCUCUGACCGAAAUGGAGAGUCCUGCCAUAUGCCAUGCAACGUUUUCGAGCCUGCUGUUGCAACUUGUGGCGCAAACAUCUUUAGACGGACAAGGGGUAAUUCACGCCAAAGACAAGCGUCAAAUCAUUCCACAGAUUCGAAAAGCACGCCGCCGCCCAGGCGUGCCGAUCAACAAACACCGAAGGAAACGCAUCGCGUGCCGAUGCAACCUCCGAUGAAUGAACCGCCCUACAACGGGGAUGCGAUGCCGAAUCGCAAGGACAUCUACAUCAAGGGGUCGUGGGACCCGCACACCGGCGCCCUCAGAAUAAGUAAUGAUUUAGACAGUUCACAAAAUACGGACAAAACCCGCAUUCUUGAUGAUUACGUUGACUUUUUGAAACAGAAUCCUGGAAACUGGAGCCGGGAUCACAGCUUAGACGAGACACCGGUACCAGCACCAAUGGCACUUGCACGUGUCGAAGAACAGCCCAUUAGGAAAACCGACAUCGCGAAAGAAAUACGCGAUAAGCGUGAAGAGGAUCCAACGCCGUACGUGCCGCGCAAUGUUAGUGUCACUGAAUCCGUGAAAUCGGAAAAAAGCCUAACGCUGACGUCUUCGUCGUCAUCUGCGGGUAGCCAGGGAGACCUCUACGAGAACGACGAAUUCUACCCACCAAGUGGCCCGCUACCGGGCGAUUCUUCAGGAGUUGAAUUCACGCCUCCGGCACAGCAGCAAAAAUACGCAAUGGGAUUCAGCGACCCCUACAUGCCACCGGUCAGAUCGGCUAGUGACCUAUUCAUGCCGCCAGUCAGAUCAGCCUCGGACCUCUACAGCUCUUCUGUGGCCCACAUGGCGAUGCUGAAUGGUGCGCGGGCGCCAGCCAACAAGCCGGAGGAACAGUCGCAUCACCACCAUUAUCACUACCACUGCUCGGAGAGACACCACCGGGCGUGCUCCCACCGGAAGAGGCACAGCUGUAGACAUAAGCACCGGAGUACCUGCUCCCACCGGAAACACUCGCAUGUCCAUAGCGGAGCUCCGGACGACUUCGAGCACAGCAAGGAACACAGGAGAUCUGUAAGCCGCGGUCGUUCCAUGGCAACUAUGACGUCGCGUGACUUCGAGCCCGCUGAGAAACCCAUGCCGAUGGUUGAAAGACAAGAAAUGAAAAUGGCACAGAUGUCACCCAAAAUCGAAUCAGGUAAACAGAGUCCUAGCAUCGCCAGCAGGUCACCCAGUCCGCGCUCGCAAUCGUCGCCGGUGCAACGUAAAGUCUCUAACAUACCGAUUGCGGCGCCGUUUGGCCCGUCGUUCGGCAUGUGUGACGAUGGUAGGUAUUCAUCGGGUGGGACGGAUGAGUCCGAUGAGGCGCCUCUGUCGUUCCGCGACAUAAUUACCAACUCUGGCAGCUUGAAAAGCACCGAUUUCGUCAAGGUUACCACGUACCACUCACCCGAGGAUGAAAAUGAUGUUGCAGAACAGCAGCCUGCGGAGCCGCAGGUGGAAUCUGAACCUGAUGUUCAUAUCAAGCCGUCGGCGUGGUGCUGCGCUGCAACGACAAAGUCAGAGGAUGCAGCCGCAGAGCAGCCAAAGGCUGACGCUAACGGGCCGCCUGAUGACACCACUCACAGGGCAGACAGCAUGUGUCGAACUCCCUCACCCUCAUAUACACCCCCCUGGAGCACGUCUCCGCUCAGGCAUCCACAUGUGUUCAGCAGACGAGUGCACACGAGGGCCAACAGCCCCAAGGUCUGCGUAUCCCCGCUCGCCAAGCUGGAAAACGGUGAGUGUCCGACCUUGUGCAGGCGGCAUGAGACGUAUAGCUGCAAGGUGUGCUAUGACUCGGAGGCUGAGUCUAGUGAACAGUUCACCUUCCGCGACAACAGGUCAGAGGACCCCAAGCCGGCCAACGCACCGCCCAUCAUCAAAACCCGGGUUCUCGUUCAGCCACAUGCGGCGGGGAGUGAUGUUGUGCUUCAAGCAGUGCCAGUGAAGCUUGGUCUUCGCGCGCAGCAAACGCAUGCGAGAUAUGUCUGUCACGUUCACCAUGAAGCAUCGCCCAGCAAUGCGAUGGUUCAGUCCGAUGUAGAUGACGUCCAUCAUGUUGUCGUUGGUGCAGAGAAGGUUGUACUCACGCUUCGCAGUGACCAGCGUGAAGAAGUGCCACGGGAAGACCUCGUCAGGCUUGACGAGGUUGUGGUGAAAGAUGUACGACGAUGA